AUGUAAUAACUAGAUAUGAGUGAACUUUUGUGUAGGACUCCGGCCCCUUCACUGGCCCAGUAACUUACUAUCCAGUUGUAAUUGUGUGUUUGCCACGUGACGGUGCUUGCAGCUCUCGGCUUAGUCUUGCCCCGGUGGGCACAUCAGACUGACUUUGAAGUUCUCCGUUCCUGGCUUUUGCUUUGUAUCGCAUCUCCUCAGCCACGGGCUGCAUUUCCCCCUUCCCAGCCUUUGUGAGUUGCUGUGGUAUUGGAUCAGUGUUUGACUUUGUACCACAGUGUGGUCAACAGGCUUGUCCUCCUUACAUGCACAAAGGUCGGGACGGCGUCCCCGAUCUGUUUCACCAGCCUGACACUUUUCCUAAGUUUCAGAAACGUUCUAAUCUUUUGAACCUGCGUGUAAAUGAGCCUGUUUUCAUACAACUUUAUAAUGUGGUCCUCCUUUGAAUAGAAGAUUCCAGAGGAGAGGGCUGUAUUGCUUCUGAUUUGGUGUAGUAGAAUUUGAAGUUCUACAAUUUUCAGUGACCGUAUUCUCACCUGACUCCAACAACCACCCCAUUAUCCCCCUACACUGGUAUGCUUUCUGUUGGGUUCUAUUUAUAAAAUAAAUACCUUUUCUUAGGAGCUAGGUGGCUCAUGAGAUUUUAAGAUAUCUUGAAAAAUGAACAUUGCCCCCUUUUCCCUUUGGUGCGAGUAUGCAUACUUGCUAAAACACAUGCAAGUGGACACAUGGAGUGUCUGCUCUCAGGUUGUCAGAGUUGGCAGCAAGUAUCCACACCUGCUGAGCUCUCCAGCCUGCCUCCUUUUUUUUUUUUCUAAAAAGGUUAAGGUUCAGGCGAAUUGGUUACUGAUUUAAAAAGAUGUUGAAAUGGUUCUUUAAAGACAAAGUCCAGUGGGGUGGAAUCAGCUGUCUGGACUACUGAGAAGCAGUUCAGGCUCCAGGGAAAGACAUCUUCUUGGUGUUUUCAGCUUUGCUGGGCUGAAGAGUUUGAAAGUUGAAGUGCCCUCAUGAAUUUUCUGUUUGGCAAAGAAGGGUUGUCCUUCAGGGCAGCUGCCAAGGAGCCUCUUGUCAGUGCCAGUUUCUAACAGCUGGGCUCCAAGUGAAGUUUCAAGGAACCCAAACUCCCAAGUGGGAGCUGUGAACACCCCCAGUUCUUUACUUGAGGGAGGAGAGAGUGUCUCAACAUCUCCAUGGCCGCUUUGGAAAGAUUAUGAAAAUCCAUGGACAAUCCCAAAUAUGCUGUCAAUGACAAGAAUUGGCUUGGCCCCCGUGUUGGGCUAUCUGAUCCUUGAAGAAGAUUUUAAUGUUGCACUAGGUGUUUUUGCUCUAGCUGGGCUAACGGAUUUGUUGGAUGGAUUUAUUGCUCGAAACUGGGCCAAUCAAAAAUCAGCUUUGGGAAGUGCUCUUGAUCCACUUGCUGAUAAAGUUCUUAUCAGCAUCUUAUAUGUUAGCUUGACCUAUGCAGAUCUUAUUCCAGUCCCACUCACUUACAUGAUAAUUUCAAGAGAUGUAAUGUUGAUCGCUGCAGUGUUUUAUGUCAGAUACCGAACUCUGCCAACACCGCGAACACUAGCUAAGUACUUCAAUCCUUGCUAUGCUACCGCAAGGUUAAAACCCACAUUCAUCAGCAAGGUAAAUACAGCAGUCCAGUUAAUUUUGGUGGCAGCUUCUUUGGCAGCUCCAGUUUUCAAUUAUGCUGACAGCAUUUAUCUUCAGAUACUGUGGUGUUGUACAGCCUUCACUACAGCUGCGUCAGCAUACAGUUAUUAUCACUAUGGUCGGAAAACUGUUCAGGUGAUAAAGGGCAAAUGAGAGGCAUCCAGCUCCAGCGGCAAGGAAGCGACUUGCAUCAUCGGCAGCAGCGCCAGCGAAAGCUACAGGACUUUCCCCAUCUUGGUGUUCAGCGUGUGAAAGGACUUGUCAGGCAAACCAUGUCUCAAACCGAAGGAAUGGACGUCGAAGAUAAGCUCUAUCAUGGGCCUACGCAGAAUUUCCAGUGUAUUUUUAAAUACAAAUAAAACUAUAAUGUAGAAUUUUUAAUCUUAGGUUUUUGAUUAAUUUGUGAGAUGAAUUAUUCUAGUUAUUGUCUUUUUUUUUCAAUGUUUUUAAAAAACAUAGUUGAUAGUAUUGAAACAGGAAAGCAGGAGGGAUUUCCUGAGAUUAGAUAUAUACCCUACACAGUGUGGCUAUGAGUUUUUAUGUUUGAAUUUUAAAUCUAUAUACACAUUAACAUUUCAUGUGGUGAAUACCUGACAGUUUGAAAAGGUGAGAAUAAACUUAGCUGCGGGCUAGGGUAAAGGUGUAAAGAGCCUUAAAAUGCUAUGAGUUUUGAAAAUAAAAAAGAUCAAAUAAAAUAGACGGUAUUGAAGUUUAUCAGUAGUCUUCCAGCCUCUCAGGUACCAAAUAGUUUAUGUAUUAGGAAAACAGGUAACAUGGGAGUCAGAAUAGGAGAAUCCGUAAUAGGCUUUGCAUCUAAAAGGCCAAGAAUUACGUCAUGCCUCCCCACUACUUCUAAUGUGAUGUUUGUAUGAUACUGCAGCCUGUACUCAUAUGUCAUGUAAAUAAUACAAAACUUUAUAUUUUUCAGAGUCUUUUUUUUUUUUUUAAAGCUUUGGGGAGUCUUCUAUUGUUAACUCAAUAAAAAAAUAAAAGAGCUUGGAAAAACGU